AAUCAAUUCCUCACAACGACAUUCAUCAUGACAGAUCUCCUCAUCGACUUGACUGCUCCCAAUGGCAAAACAUACAAGCAACCGUUGGGUUUGUUCAUCAACAAUGAGUUUGUGCGAGCUAAAUCUGGCGCCACUAUCACAAGCAUUUAUGCAGCCGACGAGACAGAAAUUGCGACAGUGCAAGCAGCAGGCUCAGAGGACGUGAACAUCGCUGUCAAAGCUGCCAAAGAUGCCCUAAAGAGUCCGGCAUGGAAGCUUCUGCCAGCAACAGACCGCGGCAUUUUGAUGAACAGACUUGCAGACCUCAUGGAGAAGAACAUUGAGCUACUUGCUACUAUCGACGCGUGGGAUAAUGGUAAGGCUUCUGCCUCUCGUCUCAAUCGAGAUCAAUCACUUACAGAAGAACCCCANGGCAAACCAUAUUCAGAGGCUUUGACAGGAGACCUUCCCGAGGCGAUCGGUACCAUCAGGUACUAUGCUGGUUUCGCCGACAAGUCGUUCGGCCAAACGAUCAGCACCACGCCACAGAAGUUUGCGUAUACGAUCCGACAGCCCAUCGGAGUCGUUGGACAAAUCAUUCCUCUGGGACCCGCUUUGGCCAGCGGCAAUACUGUCGUCCUCAAAGCCGCUGAGCAAACUCCUCUGAGCAUAUUGGUCUUUGCAAGCCUAGUCAAAGAGGCAGGCUUUCCACCCGGCGUGGUGAACCUGAUCAAUGGGUACGGCAGGGAGGCUGGUGCAGCUCUUGUCAGUCACCCAGAUGUGGACAAGGUCGCUUUUACUGGAUCAACAGCGACUGCCCGCACAAUCAUGAAGCUUGCGGCUGGCACUCUNAAAAAUAUCACUCUUGAGACCGGAGGCAAGUCUCCGCUGCUGGUCUUUGACGAUGCUGAUCUGGACCAAGCUGUAAAAUGGUCCCAUUUCGGCAUCAUGUCCAAUCAAGGUCAAAUUUGCACAGCCACAUCGAGAAUCUUGGUGCAGAAGAGUAUCUAUGACUCGUUCGUCCAGGCCUUCAAGGACAGAGUCAUGUCGACUAGUGUGGUGGGCGAUCCUUUCGAGAAGAAGACCUACCAAGGUCCGCAGGUCACAAAGCAGCAAUACGACAGCGUUCUCUCUUACAUCGAACGUGGAAAGUCCGAGAAUGCGACUUUAGUCUGCGGUGGAGGUCCUGUGGAAGGAACCAAGGGCUACUACAUCGCCCCUACUGUCUUUUCCGAUGUCACCGACGACAUGACAAUAUACCAAGAGGAAAUCUUUGGUCCAGUGGUCGUCAUCUCCAGUUUCAACGACGAGGAUGAAGCAGUCGCCCGAGCGAACAACACAACAUACGGUCUUGGAGCCGCUGUCUUCACAAAAGACCUCCAACGCGCCCAUAGAGUCAGCGCAGAGAUUGAAGCAGGCAUGGUCUGGGUGAACAGCAGUCAAGACUGCGACCCGCGAGUACCAUUUGGCGGUGUCAAACAGAGUGGUAUAGGGCGCGAGCUCGGCGAAGCAGGUCUGGAGGCUUACUCGCAAAUUAAAGCAGUGCAUAUCAACAUGGGAAAUGACCUUUAG